AUGAACGUGCCCGCAAUCCAAAACGGCACCUUCCCUGGCCCGGUGCGGCAGCGGCGGGGGCGACUGGGACUUCAGCCGUCCGAUGCGACGCGCCAGUACGCCAACUCCGCGACGCCGCACACGGUUACAGAGCUGCCGCGGUACCCUGGCACCCACCGCUCGUACUCGCGGCACAGCCCCGAGGAAGUGUCGCAUCUUUCAAUUGGAACUAUGCGGCCGCCGUCGUGCCACAGUUACGAUGCGCAGCAAUAUAGCGCGUUUCGGUCGCGCUCGUGUCACCUCUCUGUGAGGUUUUCACAGCCGACGCAGCCGCAGUUGGUGCCGCUGCAGCUGCAACAACAACAACCGCAAGAACAGCUGGUGCCGCUGCAACUGCAGCUGCAACAACAACCAGAACAGCAGAAAUCGAAGAUGCAACAACAACUAGUGACAAGUCAAUCGCUUGUGAGCACUGUUAUGCCAUCAGUGGUGGUACCGCGAGCCCCGUCCAGCGCGAGCAGUCAGUGCGCACCGAUCCCGUUGCGCAACUUUGGCAACACGUGUUAUCUGAAUGCGAUCAUUCAGUGCGUUGUACACUCGCCAGGGCUGCUCUCAAGGUUGGAGCAGUCAAUAGGGAUGGCAAAGCGGCAACGGGCGACAUCCGCCUUGCUGGACUUAGGUGCAACGAAUGUCACAAACCCCGGGCAAUUGCUCCUCGCCGUUAAGAACGAGGCGGCCAGGCGCAAUGACGAGUUCAGCGACAACACCCAGUCAGACGCCCAUGAGUUCCUGCAUACGUUUCUCUUCGCGGUACAUAGUGAGAUCAACCGUGGUGAGGGCGACAACGCCGCGUACGAGGAGCUGAAGGACAUGGAGAACGAGAGCGAAGAGGCGGCGAUGCAGCGGUGGUGUGAGCAUCACCUCCGCGUCGAUGACUCCGCCAUAUACGAAGUCUUCGGUGGUGUGCUGCAGUCGAAGUGCGUGUGCUCGUCGUGUGGCCGGAGGUCGCUUACGUUCGACCCCUUUCUCGACCUCUCACUGCCGAUGCCGACGUCGAAGAAGAGCGCCUCGAUUGAGAGCAUCCUCAAGGACAACUUUGAGGACGCGUGCGAGACGCUGCGCGGUGGCAACCAGCUGCUCUGCAUGCAGUGCAAGCGGCUGCGCAAUGGCUCGCGUAUUGUGCGGGUCAUGGUGUGGCCAAGCAUUCUAGUUCUGCACCUGAAGCGCUUCGACGACACAGGCCGCAAGAAUGGCGCGCCUGUCGUUUACCCCGAGGCGUUCAUGACGUGUGGCGACAACCCAACGCGCUACCGGCUGUACGGAGUCGUGUGCCACCACGGCACGGAGAACUGGGGGCACUACAUGAACUACAUCUGUGUCGCGUCCGAUAGGUGGUAUCUGUGUAACGACGCCACCAUCACGCCUGCAAGUGCGGCGGAGGCCGUGCAGGCGCUGGCGCACGCGUACAUUCUCUUCUACGCGAUGGUGAAGUAG